AUGGGAUUCCCUGAGACACCGGUGGGUAAAAUAAAGGGCCAAGUGACAGAAAUAGUCCAAACACAAAUAGUUCCAUACGUUGAUGAGAAGAAAUGCGACACGAAGAUGCGGAGCUUUUAUGGGGUUGCAUACCUGUCACGUCCAGUCUGUCUUCUCACGAUUAGACAAUGCCAAUGUAAUGUAGAGGAGAACAUACCUCGGAUACUGGGACAGAGAGAGUGGAUAAUCCUUAUGGGUGGAGGAGGCUGGGAGGGACGAAUUGAUGGGGACGGCCAGGAAACACAGCCGCUGACACCUACGCUCACUGAGAUGAAAGAACAGGAGCUUGAUAUGGGGGCGAGUAAACACCUCACAGUCGCCCCUGUUGCUGCCGCGCAGCUUACAGUGUAG